ACUUCCACAGUAGUUCCACGAGUAAAAAACGGAUCUCCUUCCGCCCAUAAACUCUCCGCAGAGCUUGAGAUUGGACGCCUUCGUCUCCAUAAUCGCGGCCCGGAUGGCCCUCUCAUCAAAUUUCGCCGCCUCCCUCAUCCCUUCUCGAAACCCUAUUAGUCUUUCCCUCGUUUACCUCGCUACCCCAUUCUCUUAUAAACCCAUCUCCCGAUACAGUUCUCUCCGGACCAUGGCAUCUCUUAGAAUCUCCCCGUCGCUUGGUAUCUCAGAGACCUUUGCUCGUCUGAAGGAGCAGGGAAAAGUUGCAUUCAUACCCUACAUUACUGCUGGUGAUCCAGACUUGUCUACCACAUCAAAAGCAUUACAAAUUCUUGAUUCUUGUGGCUCAGACAUUAUAGAGUUGGGCAUGCCCUACUCUGAUCCGUUGGCAGAUGGGCCAGUUAUUCAGGCUGCGGCCACACGAGCUUUGGCCAAAGGAACUAAUUUCAAUGCAAUAAUUUCUAUGUUACACGAGGUAGUGCCACAAUUGUCUUGUCCCAUUGCUCUGUUUACAUAUUAUAACCCGAUUCUGAAGCGAGGGAUUGAAAACUUUAUCUCUACCAUUAAGAAUGUUGGUGUACAUGGGCUAGUUGUGCCUGAUGUUCCUUUAGAGGAGACUGAAAUUUUGAGGAAUGAAGCUUCUAAACAUCACAUCGAGCUAGUGUUGCUUACGACACCAACCACGCCCACUGAUAGGAUGAAAGCAAUUGUGGAAGCCUCAGAAGGAUUUGUGUAUCUUGUGACUUCUGUUGGCGUCACAGGCACCCGUUCAUCUGUUAGUUUGCGUGUGCAAUCUCUGCUUCAGGAUAUUAAAAAGGUAACAAAUAAACCAGUUGCAGUCGGUUUCGGCAUAUCGAAACAGGAACAUGUCAAACAGGUUGCUUGCUGGGGAGCAGAUGGUGUGAUUGUUGGUAGUGCCAUGGUGAAGAUCUUGGCUGAGGCCAAAUCCCCUGAAGAAGGAUUGAAGGAGCUGGAAAGCUUCACGAAGCUGCUCAAGGCUGCAGUGCCUUGAGAACUUCACUCCAAAAGGACUUUUUUUUUACAAGGAAUUAUAGAGCAUCACUUCAAUCAGUUUUGAUCGAUAUGGUUGAUAAAUAUGGCUAUGGACAUGUGGAAGGGGUGGCUUGAAACUUUUUUUUUUUUUUAUUAAAAGUUUUUUUUAGAGAUUUUAUGA